AUGUCUUCUCCAAAACCAUACUAUGAUGCGUUGCCCAGCGCCUUUGUGCCUACUCAUUACGAUGUGGCGGUGUAUGACAUCGACACCGAAGCCAAUACCUUCAGCGGGACCGUGAAAAUUGUUUUGGACGUCAAGGACGCAACCGACGAGUUGAGUCUUAACUACAGAUCCCUUGUGGUGAAGGCAGAAAACGUUUUGAUUGAAGUUCCUGGCUCUCAGGAAACAAUCAUCAGGGCCGUUUCGGUGACGGAGUUUGCAAAAAAGGACUUUUUCGUCAUCAAAUUGGACACAACUAUCGACCCUAUUAAGAUACCCCAGAUAGUAGCCACCAUAAAAUACGAUGCUUUUAUUCAGACCAAUAUGACAGGGUUCUACCGCUCCGAGUACACCGAAGGUGAUGUGAAGAAGGUGAUGUUGUCGACGCAGUUUGAGGCUCCUGACGCCAGAAGAACGUUUCCGUGUUUCGAUGAGCCUGCUUUGAAAGCUACCUACAGUGUCAGUGUCACCAUCACCAAACAAUGGACAGUGUUGUCCAACAUGCCAGUGGCCACUGUGAGCGAUGCCGGUGACGGGCUUGCUACUCACUUGUUCCAAAAGACUCCUCGAAUUUCGUCUUACUUGGUUGCUUGGGCCUGUGGAGACUUUGAAUAUGUGGAAAGUUUCACCCAGGAAAAGUACUUGGACGACAAGCCAUUGCCGGUGCGCAUCUACACGACACCGGGCUACUCCAAGAACGCCCAGUUUGCGUUGGAAAUCGCCCCCAAGGUCAUUGACUACUUCUCCCGGGUGUUUGAGGUUAAGUACCCAUUGCCUAAAAUGGAUCUUUUGACUGUCCACAGCUUUUCCCACAACGCCAUGGAAAACUGGGGGUUGAUCACCUACCGGAGCAACGCCCUUUUGUUUGACGAGGAGACCUCGGACGCAUCGUUCAAAAAACAGGUGUGCUAUGUGGUAUGCCACGAGUUGGCUCACAUGUGGUUUGGUGAUCUUGUGACCAUGAAAUGGUGGGAUGAGUUGUGGUUGAACGAAGGGUUUGCGACUUGGGUGGGCUACAUCGCCGUCGACUAUCUUUUUCCCGAGUGGAACAUCCUCAAUAUGGUGACCCAUGAGUCGUUGCAAGUGUCUCUUACUUUGGAUGGGUUGCGAAGCUCACAUCCAAUCCACGUGCCCGUGGUGGAUGCCGUUGAUGUGGACCAGAUCUUUGAUGCCAUCUCCUAUCAUAAAGGGUGUUCUAUCAUUGCCAUGCUUUCAAACUACAUUGGCAAGGAGGUGUUUUUGAAGGGUGUGGCCAAGUACUUGCAAGAAAACCAGUUUGGCAACGGAUCCACCGCUAACUUGUGGGACGCGGUGGGCGAGGUGUCUGGUAAACCAAUUUCUUCCAUGAUGAACCACUGGGUCACCAAGAUCGGGUUCCCGUUGAUCAAUGUUGAGUUGAAUGGGAAGGAUUUGGUGUUGACGCAGUCGAGGUUUUUGAGUACUGGUGAUGUGAAAGAAGAGGACGACACCACUGUUUGGUGGGUUCCUUUGAACAUUUCUUGCGGCUUGGAGGAUGAUGCCAUUGUCGAGGAUAUUGCGGUGGAUUCGUUUGAGUCGAAGAGAGUGGUGAUUGGGAACUUUCCCACUGGUGAUGGGUUCUUCAAGUUGAACAAGAACUCGACCGGCUUCUACAGAGUCAACUACUCUCAGGAAGUCAUUGACAAACACAUCUUGCCAUAUAUGGAUAAGUUGAGUCCCAGAGAUAAAAUAGGGUUGUUCUCCGACGUGGCUGCAGUGGCGAUAUCUGGGUUGGGGUCGACUCUGACGGUCACGUUGUUGACGUUGAUCAAGUCCAUUGUGGAUGCUGACCAGUUGGGUGACGACUACGGUGUUUGGCUUGGAUUAAAUGAAAUUUUGGGCAAGUUACGGGUGGUGUUCUCAGGAGACGAAGAGGUAUGUACUGGCAUAGACAGUUUCUUGAGAUUCGUCUAUAGGAAACUUGGAGCUGAACUUUUGCAAGAGGUAAAGUCGAACCAUGAUCUCAGUGAGACUGACUUUAGAAAGGUCAUUUUGAUUACCACAGUUUUCAGUGCUUCAGGUGGGCUUGGAGUCCCUGAGUUUGUCGAGUAUGCCAAAGAAUCGUUCGAGACCUGGAAAAACACCGGGAAGAUCCACCCAAACUUGACGUUCUUCAUCUUUUCUACUAUGGCAGGACUUGAGGACUUACAACAAGAAGAUUUUGACAGAAUCGUCAAGGAAAUCACCGAUCCCAGCUCGUUGGACUCGAGAGAACAAGCGGUCAAAUCCUUGCCUUCAAUCUCCAACAUGAAAUACGUGGAGCCUUUGUUGGGCAUGUUAAAAGAUACGUCUAUUGUUCCGUUGAUGGACAGCCAUUACAUGGCCGAGGCAUUUACCUUGAACCGGAAAACCAGAGAUCGCUUCUGGUCUUACUUUAAAGAAAACUACGGUGAUAUCCAUGCGGAGUUGGCUACCAACGUUCCAAUUCUCGAACGGUUCAUUAGGUUUGCAUUUGUCAACUACCAGUCGGAAGAAAUGUACAAAGAUGUUGAGGAGUUCUUUGCUGUCAAGGGCAUCACCGGAUUUGAAAGAAGUUACAGACAGGCGGUGGACACCAUCAAAACUAAUAACAGCUGGUACAAAAGAGACCUCGGAGUCGUCAAGCAGUGGUUGCUGCAAAACGGGUUCGUAUAA